AUAGUGGAGUAGCAGAGAACUACUAGUUUAAACUGAUCUUUUAUCAUCAUGCUUCCUUAAACAAGGAAUUAAACUUGUGCUCCGGGUUCAGUGUAGAGUUAGACUAGAGCAGAUCAAGGUUAGAGAGAAACAUAAGUCCUCUCCCCCAGUGAAUGGUUAUUUAACGGAAUGAGCUGAAUCUAAUUUAUUGUGAAUAAAGUUUGAGCUGUGAGCGUAUCAUAUUGUUGAUACAGAUAUCUAUCUCUAACGUAUCCUUCAUGUAGAAUGGGUUGAAAUCAUCAAGUAUCUCGCCUUACACACUCAACAGAAGUGUGUGAGGCGAGGUAUUGAAAGAUGAUGCGAGGGUGGUUUGAUGCAUUUCGUGAGAAUGGAGGUCCAACCCUCUACUCAUACACAAACCGUACUCCUGUCACAGCUGACGUGAGCACCCUCACCCUCUACAUCGUGUUCGUCACCUUGUUCCUGGCCUUCCUUAUCAUCUUCCCUGGAGUAAGAAGGCAGAGGUUCACCACAUUCACCAGUGUUGCUCUUUCUCUGUUUGUCGGAACCGCUAUACUAGUCGGUCAGCAUGGAUCAGGUUGGCAUACAGCAGAAUCCCAGAUAUCCACAGCAUACAGAGCAUUCUCUAGAGAGAAGAUAAACGCUGAUAUUGGGAUUAAUAUUGGUCUCAACAGUGUUAAUGUUACACUCAGAGCUCUUCCCAUCCACAACCAUUCCAGUAGUAUUGAUUACAAUGAGAGGUUCCAUUGGACCGGAGCUAGCCAAAUGAAGAAAGAAUACAAUAAAGCCCUUGUUAAGGGACUACCCUUUCCUAUUCUAACUGUCGGUGAGUACUUUACUGUAGAUGCUGAAGGUUUCUGUUGGGGUCGGAGCUACAGACAGGCUGGAUACUAUACUUCUAUAUUUCUCUGGAUGGCCUUUGCUUUGUGGUUACUCUCCAACCUUCUCCUUGUUGUGGUUCCUAGAUACGGAGCUUAUCUGGUCUUUCUCACAGGACUCACCCUGCUCUUUACUAACUUCCUUUACUCCCAACUCCUUCCUUCAACUCCUCUCCAGAUCAGGAUGGAGCAGACCAUUCUCAUGUUCUCCUUCGGCUGGAGCUUCUGGUUGGUCAUGGUUGCCGGCGUUCUCUGCGUUCUACUCGGUGGAGCUGUUUCAUUGAUUGAUUUGAUCUAUCCUCACAAGUUUUCCACUAUCCUUGAGGUAGAUUUUGGAACUCCCUUCGACCGACACACAAUCAUUGAAGACUCCCAUGAGACGAAGAAGAAGAAGAAAGCUGUUCCACGUCUAGAGGAGCCUCCAAGUGCAGGAUUAGGAACAAGGUUACUCCGAAGACUGUCUAAGAGAGACCGGGACGGUAGAUCAGCUCACCCUGAGGGUUUGGACAACUAUGCAUUUGAAAUGGAAGCACCUAAAUCCCCUUGGAGAUAUCCUCAUCUAAUGUUCAGAGACUCAAGAAAAAACAACAAAUCAGUUUCGUUCAGACAACAUGGCAGAAACCAUCUUGACCUACCCGGAGGAGGAUUUAACGAUUUUGGAAAACAUCUCCGAAGAACGGACAGUAAGGAAAGCUCCUGCUCCAGUAUUAGCUCUGCACUGGCUCCAAACUCCCAGGACUUAAGACCAACCCUCUCCGUCCCUGCCUUCCAUGAACAUUUCAAUAAGUUCCGGAGAACAGAUUCCGAGUCAAGUGGAUCCAGCUUCGCUAGUCUAGGGAUGAGUAUCCUAUCUAGAGGCGGGAGCAGGAAAGCUGGGAGGAAUGAAGAAGGAGCUUGGAGCACGCCUACUCCGGAGAGAGGAAUAGAACGGGCAGAUAGUGCUCAGAGUAUAGCAAGCAAUCAAACCCAAGGAAGAAAAGAUUCUGCGGAGGCAAAACGAGGAGACGAGGUUGCCAUUGUUGUCAGCCAUAGAAAGGAUUCUAUAACUAACGCAGUCAGGAGAAGUUCUGGAGAGCAUAUCCGUCCUGAGAACAACUGGUGAAAUUCAACCAUAAUGAAAAGAGAUGAUAUUCGUAUAAUUUAUUCAUGUAAAUCUCUGUGUAAUUUGAUAAUUAUUUAAAUAAAUCUGAAGUUAUGUAUAAAUGGAA